UAAGGAAACCAGCAUCAAUAAAUAGGUUGUCAGGUAAAGCUCUUAUCUUUUUUCUAAAAAAAUUUCUUGCAGUUCCUAUAGGUUUAUGAAAUCUACCUGAUACCUACAUUAAAUAUCAUACAAGCUCAAUAGGCUUUAGCUUGGCUUUUCCUACUGCUUAUAAAACCUUUUGUUCACAUAAUACACAAAUGCAGAGGUAAGUAGUGAUGGCCAAAGUAAACCUCAUGAAGCAAUGAGGUUGUCCAGUCCAUUGUUUUGCCCAAAAGUUCAUUACUCAUUGCUUCAUUCAUUGCUCCCUAUCUGCUGCUGCACUAAAACUGACAGCCCUUUCAAAUAAACAAAUCAUACUUCUAAAAUAUUUAAACACAGUAAAACAGUCAGCGUAUUCAGUAUUGUCACAAAGUUUUUGUCAAACCCAUGUCUAGAACAGUAGGGUCUAUUGAAACCUAUUUAACUCUGGCAUCUCUUUUUGAAACCAAGGUAGUACUACUAAUAGGUUGACCACCAGUUGUGGUUGUGCUUUCUUUUUCAUUUGCCAAAAAAGACAUUUGAUGUUUUAGUUUGUUGAGAGUGAAGUGCUUAUUGGACAGACAGCUUUGUGUUGGUUACUGUCUUCCUAAAAAACUAAGAUUCUUCUAAAUUCUCUUUUUCUAUGACUUCUUCUGAUUCUUUGUAGUUAACUAAACAGAAUUUCACUCAUCCAAUGGCUUUCAGUCUUUUCUGCUGUGUGAGACUGAUGUGUCUUUGUUGAUGAAACAUUUUAUUUAUUUUUUUUUGGAAAUUUCUAUGAAAUUUCUGGAGGGCAGGGGUUAAUUGAAGAAUUAUAUUGUGAAUUUGCUCUCCUGCUUUCUCAUGCUUAACCAAGCUACUGACAACCAUCCACAAAGCAAGAUGGUUUGUAGCUCUUUUAUCUUGAAAAUUGACACACAAAAUAUAGCAGUGACGUGUCCAGUGUAACGUGAGGCAUUGUUUGUCAUCGGUUGUGUGUUUCAGCAAUACACAUGCAUCAAAGCGGGACUUCAUCUGAUACAUUUUAACUCUGUAGAGAGUUAGUAGGAGAAUGGCUUACAGGAAACUGUAAUCUUCUUACUUUUUCUUCUUCUUUUUAUUGUUUUUUUAGGUUUGCUCAGCUUCCUUCCUUAUGCCACCCGUAACUGAAAGGUAUUUGCACAGUUUUUCUUCUGAAGCUAAUCAUUAAUGGGACAUACUGUACAUCAGCUGUUGCAUACAUUUAUGUUUUUAACAGUCACUGAUCAACAAAGACUUGGGUGAAUAGAGACAUGAAAGCUGUGAUUAAGCUGCAGUUGAUCCUGAUAGGAGUCUGUAGUGCGGGGAAACCUUCCUGUGACGGCAGACAAAAUGGAGCUCAGUGUUUUGGAGUUUUGGGAGGAGCAGUAGACGUUCAGCUGGUGGACAACGUGUCAGAAAUACCCAGAUUCUUAUGGAACACUAAUAACUCUGUGAUACUAUAUUGGAGGUAUAAUAAAGUAGUUCUUAAAAAGGACGGCAGAAUUCCGUUUUUUCCCAGUAAUGGAUCAGUCACGAUCAAUGACCUGAGAAGGACUGACAGCGGUCAAUAUAAACUUGAAAUGUUUGAUGGAAAUGGAAAAAUCACAGGACGGAAAACUCUGCAACUAUUUGUUAUAGCUCCUGUGUCCUCUGUCCAGCUGGUCCCUGAGUGUUUAUCUCAGGGACAGAUGAAGGUGUCCUGUGUGUCUCAAGGUGACAGUCCUCAUUACAGCUGGACUCUGGAUGGACACAACCUGACAGACUGUGAGCUCUUCUCUAGAAAUAUUGAGACCAACAUCAUCGUUCUGAGACGAAACAUCUCAGGACAUCUGGUCUGCUCAGUCAGGAAUCCAGUCAGUAAUAUCUCUAAAGGGAUGAAAUUAAGUGACUGUGGCUUCAUUUUCAUUAACUGCACUUCCAAUGGGACACAAAUAGCUAAAUGGGUGUAUAAAGAAAAUAACACUCUGUGUGUUGAACCAACAACAGUCCCUCCAAGAACUAAAUAUACUAUUGUGGGUAAGAAGACACAGUCAAAUACUUCUGCUAGAAGCCCUAGUGCCAAUGAUCAACCUUGGUACAUUAGGCAGUUGCCUGUAAUGGGUGGUGUAUUAGCAGCACUCGUAAUUGUCUUGAUAGCCAGCAUAGUCUUCGUCUGUGUUCACAAGGAUAAGAAAAACACAAAAGUGGAGAAGGAGAAUGAUGACCAGGAAAUGACCUAUGCUGACGUUAGGAUUGUGAAAAAGCAGGGGAGAAGAGUGGACAAAAGUGAGGAGGCUGAUGUGGAGUACGGCCAGGUCAAAUUUUCAAAGAAACCAAGAACAUCUCAGACUAAUCCGACAAUGGAUGAUACUGUGUAUGCACAAGUACGAAGAGCCAGGUGAUUUGUAAUGUCUGACAGGCUUAUUUUCACACACUUACAAAGACAACGAUAUGAAAGGCUGAGAGAGAGAGCGAGAGAGAGAGAGAUGAUUCCCCUCAUCAUGAUGUGGGAAAUGUAAAGUGAAAAAAGCUUUUAUUGUAUAUAAUUUCCUCCUGAAAUUCAAGUUAUGGCCCAUUUAUGGAGAUUAAUACAGCUGUUCCGCCUUCAGCUCAAACCAUGGGCCAUUCACUGCAUGUCUAUACAUUCUCCCUAUUCCUGUUUACUAUGAUGCUGAAUAAAAGAAAAUAGUGCCACAAAAUUGUUUAAAAUAUCAAGUUUUACAGCCUAAGGUUUAUUGUGCUACUUAUUUUUUAGAAGUCCAUUUAUAAGUGCAGUUUUAACUUAUUAAACGUGAUUCUUGCUUCUUGAUAACAUAAAGUCAGCUUGGUGAGCAACACCAAAUAGCACUGGAAAAUAUUUCUUUUAAAUGUCUUUAAUUUAAAAGUGUUCUUCCUAAAUAUUUAUUGGACUUGAAAAGCUGAAAUGCUGUUACAAAAAGCUGCAUGUGAUGUUUGUCAAAUUAAAAUAUGUUUGAUGAAUA